AUGUCCUUAUCUAAAGGUCCAGGACAACCGACGAAAGCUUCGGCCUCGGAGCAGCCAAGGCAGCCAAAGUGCACCCGGUGCCGCCACCAUGGGAUCAUCGUCCCACAGAAGGGACAUGUGAAAUACUGCCCUUUUCUCAAAUGUAACUGCUGGAAGUGCUAUCUCAUCACACAGCGGACACGGAUCACGGCCCUCCAGCGAAACCUGAAGAAAGCCCAGAGCAAACCGCAUGAUAAAGAGCAGCGACCCGGCGGCCCCAUCGGUGUCAGCGUGAGGAAACCAGCGGCUGAGAGGACACCUAGCGCCUUGGCACCGGAUGGAGGCGCCUGUCCGUCAGCCACAUCUGGACCGAUAUGUUCCCGAUCCGCAAGGAGUGUCGCCACUACCACCACCGCCUGGAAACCCCUAAAUCCCCGGAGCAGACCCGCCGCGGGAGGAGAGCCUGUGGCCGGUUUGGAGAGUAAAGAGGCGCUGCCCCUAACUUCCAGUGGAGAAGGACCGUGUUCACCUUUCAGUGCCCCUUACUUAGAUGAAAUAGGGCAGACUCCACCUUCGCCUGCAAUUUGCUUUCCAUUUAGGAUGCCAAAUCAUUUCCCCAGCAGCUAUGUUCCAUUUCCAAACUUCUUGUUCAACAUGCCAUGGCUGCCACCUGUAUCUCCUGGGUUUUACAAUGACGGCCUCCAUGGACCCCGGAUAUUCCCCCACUUCCAGCAGAGUGCAGUGCAUUACCCACCUCCACCAGAGCCUGGACCCCCAGCUGUCUUCCUCUAA